UCGAUGUUUAGUCUUUCAUCACAUGUAUAUAUACAGCAAUCGUGCACGGCUGUUUUGUUGUAGGUCACCAUCAUUUUUGGCCGAUAAUUUUAUAAUUUUUCAUAGGUUAUCUUUUUGUUGCCUGAUCAUUUUCUGGCCGAUACUGAUAUCCAUUUCUAACAAUGCCAAAAGAAGGUGAUCGUGAAGUUAAUAAUUUCGGUCUAAUACCGUUGGAUGAACAAGUGCAAAGUCCUAUUAUUAAGUUAGUAAGAGUUGUUGGCAAAAUAUUCGAUGGUCCGGUCACUUGGUUCAGAGUGAAUGUUUCGGAAAGAUUUAAAGGACCACCGUAUCCUUAUUAUCAUAGAAAAUUUCAUCCAGUAACACCAAUCAAUGAAUGUUAUUCGGAUGAUAUGUCCUGUGUUUAUGAAGCACAAUCUGCCUAUCUCCGACAAAAGAAAGUGGAUUAUGAAAUAUUGAAAAUAAUCAGACAACGCUAUGAAAAUUGUUCAUAUUGGGAACGAACAAUCAAUGAAUUCCAUGAUUUGGAUAAAAUUUGUCUGAAAGAAAAACAAGAUGUGCGAGAUACUGAAAUCAAUCUAUUCAUUAAAUAUGGUGAAAUUGGACCUUUUGCUACCGUGAUCGAUGCAUUUAUGAAACAAAAACAUCGAUUAAUUUGGGAACGAAGACAGAAAGAACUUGGUCAAGAAGUUAUGACCCAUUAGAUUUAUUGUCAAGAAAAAAAAAUUUAUCUUAGAAUAAAUUGAUUUAUUAUUAUGAAA